CAGGCAAGGAAGCAGGGCACGCAGGCAGCCAAGAGUCAGCUCUGUAACAUUGCCGCAGUGCAGUCUUUGAGACAUCGGAUAUAGCAGAGUGUAGAUAAUUUUUUGUUGGUUGGAAACAGCAAUGAAUCGUUUGAAGCAACAUGUUCCUUGUCAGAUAAGAUUCAAUUGUGCAAUGUCUCUUACUUCUGUAUCCAACAUGGUGUGCAGUCUGAGUCUACGUCAUGUCAUGCCCCGCCUUUUCCAGUAACCCCAUCCGAAAUUACAUGGAAAAACACAUUGGGAAGGGAUAAGCAGCAGGAGCCUCGAGUUGUAAACAUAUCUACUGGUUUUACUAAUUAUUUGAAGACGUAACGGAUUGUGAUAUCUACACAGGUAUCCUCAGACCCCAUCAGUCCACGUAUCCUUCAGGAUGUCAAUGUCUCUGUGGCCGUAGAGUGUUAACCAGUACCUCAACAUCAUCACAGACAGCCCCUUAUACUGCAACCAUGACCCAUGCCUGGCCCAUGCCUGGCUCCAGCUCCAGCCAUAUCCACAAGCUAAAGCCGUGGCUCAUCUGCACACUGCUCAGCCUCUUUGCUACACACAGCCACUGCAACGGUGGUCUAGAUAUACCCCAAGAGGUGAACCUGUUAACCAACAUUGACUCGCAUCGGAGUCAGCUGCUCUCCAUUUCCUGGCUCGGAGGGACAGCGAGCACCUUUGACCUCAUCGUUCUGAGAACUGAAUUCAAUGAAACCGUCUUCUAUGAAACUGUGACAGCGACCCAGGAAAAUGGGCGGCACCACUGGAACUGGACCUCAGCCGAGCCCCUUAAAUGUACGUCUCUGUCUGUCAGACUGCGUUCCAGAGAAGGGCAGAAGACCAGCGAUUGGAGCACCACUGUGAUAUAUCGAGGUUUGGAUGACCCCAGCCAGACGGGAUCUAAGAUGAUUCCUCAGGACCCAGUGGUACUGGUCGGAGACGACAUCACUGUCUGUUGCAUUGUGGGAGAGCGCAAGGAUUUUGGCAACAUUCGCUACAAUAGCACCGUCAUGGAUUCGGUGCGGCUGAGUAGGCGGAGCUAUGCAACCACAAAGACCAAUCUGAAGGCCUCCACGUUGACGGGGACCAAUGUGUUCUGUAGUAGUGCCCUGAACUUGCUCACGGGAACCGUGGUGUUUGUCGGAUACCCCCCCCUGCCCACGGAUCUAGUGUGUGAGACCAGGGACCUGACCUCUGUGAUCUGCCAAUGGAGCCCUGGAAACACACACCUGCAUGCUUCUCGAAGGACGUUCUACACGCUCAAUGGAAGGGACUGUGCAGAGGCCAUCCCGAAGAAGCCGCCGACGGACUGUAGGCUACCUGAGUGGGCAGGUAACUGGAUCCUGGUGGCCAGUAACCCUCUGGGGCAGUCCAGCCUGAGCUACUCUGCUCAGCUCUCACACAGAGUGCAUCCUGUUGCCCCAGCCAACCUGACCGCCGUGGCCCAUGCCUGGAACGCAACACUGCUGUGGGACUGGGAGUACGCCGCCUACGCCCCGCUGGCUCUCGCCUGCCAGGUCGAGAUCACGCUCGACGGCCACGUCAAAAAGCGGACCUUUUCUGGUGCGGGUCUGAGGUCGGUGGCCCUUCUGGACCUGGUUCCAGUGACCGAGUAUCAAGUCAGGGUCAGCUGUGGAGCCCAGCAGAACUUCUGGAAGUGGGGCUCCUGGAGCAAAACACUGGCAUUCAGAACUGAAAUCGACGUGCCCGAGGCUCCUGAUCUCUGGGUGUCCCUUGACAAGGACAACACAGGGAAUGUCAUGGGGCAGGUCAUGUGGAAGCCCCUGACACAUAGGCAAAGCCACGGAGAGAUCACGGGCUACGAGCUGACCCUGUGGAGCCCGGAGGAAAACGUGCAGCACACGGAGACCCUGGCCCCCGGCAUCCACGAGACACCCGUUAACCUCACCCACAUGGCCGUCGCAGGCCGGGUCGUGGCUACACUCACGGCCAAGAACGCGGCCGGUGUGUCACCACCUGCGAGCAUCGUCAUCCCAAAACCUAAAUCGGACCCAGAGCCCGGCGCCGUGUCCAGAGUGGCGGGCGCAGGCGGAGGUUUCCCUCUGUCCUGGGCCAGCGACGCCAACGCCAGCCAGGGCUACGUGGUGGAGUGGCAGGAAGCCACCUGCCUGCACGACUGCCCUGUUCACUGGACCAAGGUGGCCGCCGAGAGGGCCAACGUCUCCCUAGUAUCAGACUCCUUCCGGGCCGGUGUGCGGUACAUCCUCUCCCUCUACGGCUGUUCCCCCGACAGCACAGAGCUACUGCAGCGCUGGCAGGGAUACACACAGGAGCUUGUCCCCAUCCGUGCCGUCCCUUCCCUGACGACCAAUCAGCGAAACUCUGACAUCGAGCUGACCUGGCAGGAGAUCCCGGUGGCCGACCGGAGAGGCUUCCUCCUGGGUUACCGCGUCUACCUCAUAACGGACCGCCAGCUCACGCUCUUCGCCAACCUGAGCGGCCCUGGCAGCCGCAGCUAUACGGUGAAGAAUCUACCCGUCAAGUUCUAUAAGUUCACCGUGAAGGCCUACACCUCUGCCGGAGAGGACACGGGCUCCACCGCCAGCAUCACCAUGGCAUCAUACACGGAUUGGUUACUCUUGGAAAUCUUGGCUUCGCUGGGAACCAUGACAUUAUUCCUGUUCAUCGUCACCUUCGUCUGCUACAAGAAGAGGAAAUGGGUGAAGAAAGCAUUCUACCCAGACAUCCCUGAGCCCAAGCUGGCUGGUGAUUGGUCCAGAACACAGGGCCCACUGGACGUGAAGCCCCACGCCAACAGCAUGGUGCACAUCGUGGAUGAGUCCGCCUGGGACUCCAGCAAGGAGAAGCUGGUGGUCAUCCCCGAGGAGGACGAGGACGAGGAGCGGGGCGUCCGAGACGACCCGGUGGACACGGACGAGCCCAUGUCCAUUCGCUAUUACAACCAGGUGGUGGACGAGCGACCCAUCAGACCGCGUUACCCAGACUCCUCAGAGUCCUCUGCGUCGUCCUUGGACUCGGCGCGCACCGACGUGACGUACACGGGGAUCCAGACCUCGGGUUCGUCCCUCGCCUUCCGGGCCGAGCCCAUGUUCUCGCAGGGCGGGCAGCAGCCACAGGGGGGUUUCCCCGUCUCUCCAGCGGGCAGAGGGGCAGGCUACCGUCCUCAGGUGCAGCCUGAAGUGCCGGGCCCUGACCCUCUCCCGGUGGCUCCCCAGUCUUUCCCAGAGCCCCAGCCUGAAAAGGGAGGCUCAUUUGGGAGUUACCAGCCACAGUGCUCGUGGCAAUUGGACUCCCCAGGGGACGGGGACGGGGACGAAGGCAGCAUCGGCGCCCCUUCCAUGGGCUCGCCCACCUCGGUGGCCUCCACUCAGUUCCUCCUGCCCCAGGAGGAGGAGGGGGGAUCAGAAGGAGAGGGGUCGUCUUCAGCGACCACCUGGCUCCACAACCUGUUGUCCUCUACAAAGUCCUGAAAUACUCACUCACAGCAUAACCUGGCCCAAUAGGGGAAACAUUAUCCGUUUGCUUUCUCACUGUGCUGUGUCAAAGAAAUCCAGUCUAAAUGGGCUUAUCCUAUACCGAUAUGAACAGUUAAACAUUGAAAGAUUGGCUAUGUUCAUCCCACAUAUGUGGUCCCGUUUGUGCAAAGUAACUGGUAGUUUGAAAUUGUUUUUUCUUUCAGAAAUGGAAGGUGUCUUUGCUGGUUACAUUUUUAUUGUGCAACAUUAUUUAGCGUUGUAUCACACUGAACUCACAGACAAGGAGCUUUCUUUUGACAGUGAUUAAUGUAGACAUAGUAUAGAUGGGCAUUCCGAAAUGUCAUUUCAUGUGCUUCAACAAGGCAGAACCAUUGAAUUUUUCAUUUCAAUCAGUGCAGAUUCCUUGAAUGUAAACGUAAUGUUCAUAAGAAUUCUUAAGAAUAAAAACAAAACAAAAAAACACUCAUUUUUAAAGAAGCGACUUAACCCAAACAAAAUAACACUAAACACAUUAAAAUAACUGAAUUAACCAGCGAACCUUAAAAAGUAAAAACACUAGACACUUUUGCUGGGCCAUUCUAAGAAGAUUUUGGGCUGUUGUACGGGAACUCUUUCUCGGUUCGAGAAGAAUGAGACAUUUCCUGUUGAUGUAAAGAUGUUGAAAUCGGCCAACAUGCGUGGGAGGAUUAGCCGCCUUCUGGAACAUUUGACAUUACACCCUAGCCAGAGCACAUACACCCACAUCUGCACGUCCGAUGCACAUCUGGCAGGUGGUCGGAUUUGGAAAGAUAAUUCACACGGAGCAUAAGUUGCUGACUGCACCAAACAAGAAAUAGAUUGAUAUUUUGCGAUGAGAGCGAUAUACAGAUGAACACAAUUUCUGACUAUUUUUCACACAGAUAUUACAGGGGUGCUUUUCUCUUAUGGUGUGAAAAUUUGGGGGCAAACAGGCCAAUAAGAAAAACACUGAUAUAAGCUACCAGGUGAAUGGAUAUGAAUCCAUGGGAAAUGUUGAACAUUGCUGUGUUUUUAGUUUGCUUUUAAAAAUGGAAGGAUAUAUGUGAACUAUAUAUCAUUCAUUCAAACAAACAAACAAAAAGUGUGACAAUUCUUGUUGUUUGCUUGCUUUAUAUGAGAUUAUCUAAAUUAAAUCAUAAUAUGAUUGGGUUGCAUUUCUUGCAUUUAUAUCUCAAUGUUAUCAUCCCCUUUUUUGAAUACAUUUAUGAUAACGGAUGUCUGUUUAAAAGCUGUUUACCAAAUUCAAGUCUUUCAGAGGACUAUAUUGAACAGUCCCUCGAGAAAAAUACAGCGUUUUUUUGUGAUUGUUGCGGCCAAAAAUCCUUGAUUAUGCUGCAUGUUUUCUUAACAAAUGCGAUGAAAUAUGCGGCAUAUUUCGUGCAAUUUCAUGCGAUGAAAGUGCGGUAACUUUAGAAAAUUGCGGGAACUUGCGAAAAUGCCGCUCUUCGAUGACGUUCACGUCGCGUAAUUACGUCACUUCAUAACGUUCCCAUGGCAGGGGGAAAUGGCUGCUCCUGUGUGAAGUAAACGCAACAUUUUUCAACUUUCUGCAAAGAUAUAUGUGACUUUGCAACGAAAAUGCAGGGAUUAUGAAAUCAUGCAAGCCCCGCAUAUUUUGCGUGGAAAUCUGCAAUUUAUGCAGUGAAAGUGCGGCAUAUUUGAAAAAAUGCGGCCCCCGCAUAUUGGAUUUAGGCUGAUUAUGCGUUGAAUUAUGCGUUGAAUUAUGCGAUCGCAUAAUCGUGUUUUUCUGGAGGGACUGAUUGAAUUGCCUUGUUGAAUGUUGAGCUUCCAUUCAGGAAUCCUAUGUUUUAUCUGCUGCAAUGCAAGUGGUAAAGGAAAGGAUAAAUAAUGAUGCAUCACUAUACCUGUAAAUAUAAUGAUAUGCAAAGAUUAUUCCAGAUCCAUCCUGAUGUAAAGCAAUUGAAUUGGUUGGUUUGUAAUGAUAGGUUCCUAGUUAUGCUAAAUUGUUCUAAUACCAUAAUAACUACGCAAAUCUAUUUUAGAAGGCCAGUAUUAGAUAGAUUAGGAAGAAGCCAGUAAUGCUUUCCGUUGAUGGAGAUAUUAUAUGGAUUUGUCGUCUUUUAAGUCACACAUUUAGGGAUAUUCUGAGUCUUUUCAAGAGUCGACUGAUGUGACCUUCGAGGUUCCAUGUCAUUUUUUUUCUGUAACGUUGACAGAGUAUUGUUAUGGGUCAUCUGUAAUCACAGACUGUGAUUACCCUCUGACUUUACAUAAUUACAUUCCCAAACUAGACUCGGAAUCACAGUCCAGUUUGGGAAUAUCAUUUUGUAAAGCUAAGUAGAGUGGGGAGAUGUGGGGAGACUUGGCCCUGGCUUGAUUCAGAGGAUGCAAGGGCGACUGACGCGCUUUAAAUAAAUCUACUGUGAUGUGAACAACUAUUAUUAUCAAAUAUGUAUGUUACUCUCAGCUUGUGAAAACGGCUGAUUAUGAUACCUGUGUACAUAUGCUUGCCUGCAAAAGUCUAUUUUGGUCAUUAUUUGCCCGUUUUUUUUUUUUUUGCCAUAAAUGCAGGACUUUUGAUUACGGUCCUUUAUGAAUGCUAUGUGUUAACACAUCUUUUUUUAUGUUGAUUGGUCAACGAAAAGCACCUUCCUUUCUUUUUUAAAUAUUUGUUAUAUUCCAAGUUCAUGUAUUUUUGGCACCUUCUCGUAUAGAGAAUGGAAUGCCUAUAUAAUUUAGGCUUCAAUGGACAAAUGUUGAAAACUAAUUUUCUGUUGUAGAUGUUAAAUCCAAUUGUAGUGCAAAUUUGACACUUUAUCUUGCACAGCUUAUUUCACAGUAAAGUGUUUAUGUAGGAAAAGCCAAUACAGUAGAGCUCACAAUGUAAACAAUAUCAACUUCCGAAAUAUCAUGUUAAUAACGCGUCUGAAAAAAAAAUUGUCCAGCCCUAUCUUUUUUAACUAAAUGUUUUGCAUGUAUAAACGUGUAUAGGCGUACUAUAUAUUGGUGGAAACACCUAUUUAACAAGUGUGCUAUUGUUAUUGCUUUGCUUCAUGUUACUUUUACUAAUGUUCAACGAGAAGACAGAAAAAUGUAUUCACUAAACUGAUUGCCUAAAUUGCUGGCAAUGCUUUUCUUAAUUUCUUCCGAAGAUUUAUUGAAAUUAACACUAACUGUAACCAUCCAUACCACAAUGCUGCCUGUUAUAAAGUAAUAAAGUUGUUGAAAUAAUUAUGCAUCGUCAUCACUUAGAAUAGUGGCUUCCCAUGUAAAUGGUAAAUUUCAGUACUUUUCAUUGCUUCGAAUCAGAUUUUCUUUUUUUUGCACACCAAAUCGACAACUUUUUUGUUACGUACAUUUGUGGCAUCAUUUAUGCCAUUACGUCACAAUAAAUAACUAC